UAUAUUUCUCCUAGUUGAUUAAUGCCAUUUACUCUUCUUUUUUUAUUAUAGGCAGUUGCAAGGCGGGUUGCAGACAGGGCAGUAAUACCGAUAGAGAAUUCAUUAGGAGGAAGCAUCCAUGGAAACUACGACCUGUUGCAUCGCCACAAUCUGCAUAUAAUUGGUGAAAUUCAGUUUGCUGUUUCCCAUUGCUUGCUUGCCAACAAUGGCGUUGACCUUCAUGAUUUGAAAACCGUUCUUAGCCAUCCUCAAGUAUGAACCAUUAAAACCUACUUCAACCUUCUUAAUUCAGGGCUUAAUAAUAUAUAUUUGUAAUUUAAUCUCAACUAUAUACACUUUAUUAAUACGUUAAUUUGAUACCUAAAUGAUAUUUUUGAUUGGGAUAACAGUAUGCUAUUUCUUAUGCUUGUAUCGGUUCUAUUUACCUUAAUGAAUUUACAUAUUAACCCUGAAUUUGAAUGGUACGACAUUUGAGGCACUUGCUCAAUGUGAGAAGAGCUUGACGAAGUUGGGAUUGGAGGGAGAAGCAGUGGCUAAUACUGCAGUUGCAGCAAAGGUAAAGGGUCUUAAUGAUGAGCCACAUUACAGUUGAUGGGUCUUAAUGAUAAACAUGUGUAUAUAUAGAAAGUGGCUGCCGAAAUGCUAAGAGAUACAGGAGCCUUGGCUAGUUCAUCUGCUGCAUUGCUUUAUGGACUCAACAUUCUUGCCUCAAAUGUUCAGGACGAUAGCAACAACGUUACUCGAUUUCUGGUGCUAGCCAGGGAACCCCUUACUCCUGCCACAGAUACGCCCUUCAAGAGUGUUCAAUGGAGCCUCGAGACGGGACGGAUGGAGCGGCCGCUGCACAUAGGGAAUCCAGGGGAGGAUUGGGAGGGGAUUUAGGAUAAAACUGAGAUGGUAAAUUUGGGGUCGUAAAAGAUCAGCGUUCACGGCGUUUCACACAAAAAAACGCUGCUAAAAUCAAAACGAUGUCAUCCAAUUAUUUGGAUCUUAUAAACCGACGGUGUUUUAUCCAGAAAACGCCAUUAGAUAUAUACAAUUUGGAGUGAUUCCAGGUAAACGCGUCUAUAUAU